AUGAACGAAAUCAUACUGAAACUGGCGUUGAUGUUCACAAUGUUCGCGUUGACCGUUCUUGCCGGUCUCUCGCCCAUGAAAGUGAGUUUUUUGUUUGUAAAAACCCGAAAAUACAAUUUUGUAUAAAAAAACGUGUUGUUUUUCAGGUUUUGCACAAACUACGACACGAAGCGGCCACUGCUCAGAGCUCGUCAAAACACAAACACGUCUCUCUGGUGCUCUGCCUGCUCACCUGCUUUUCUGGAGGUUUGUACACAAAUAUCCACUCGCUUUUCCCCUUACUUUUUCCACAAUUUACAGGCGUCUUCCUGGCCACAUGUUUCCUGCACCUCUUCCCGGAACUGCGUGAAAAUCUGGACACCCUCGACCACGUGCACGGAAUUCACAUCGACUAUCCGAUCGGGGAACUGCUCUCGUGUCUCGGCUUCUUUCUCAUCUUCUUCCUCGAAGAAGUGGUGAUAAUGGCGAUUCCGGCGAUGGCGCACGGCCACGGCCACGGCCAUCAUCACCAUCAGGAACAGACGCCGCCGCCGUCGAAGGCGCUGGAGGAAGCAGGAGCCGGGAGCGGGGGAGGGUGUUGUAUGGUUGACGGAGCAGCGGUCACCGAGGACGCCAAAAAAGAGGAAAUUGGUAAGGCAUACCGUUAGCAUAAAUUUUUUUUUGUCUGUUUCAAAGUGAGCUUUAUAAUUUUUUUAUAAUUUUUUUCUGAUUAUAAUUACACCUCUGUUUCUUCUAUCAAAACAGGAAUCAACUAAAGCACGUAGCUCACUAUCAGAGAAAACCUCUUUUUUUUGCAGUCGACGAAACGACGGCGCUGACGACGAAACGCGCGAGUUCGGAGGAGAAAGAGGAGGCGGGGCACUGCCAGACACACUGUCCGCUGACAGUUCACGAGCGGAGAGGCUCCAACGAGUGUACUGCCAAUGCCACACAGUAAGUACUCGAAAAAAUGAACAUUUUACAGCUUUUUAAAGACAUUUUUCAAAUGAAAAAAUGGUCAAAAAAAUUUGAGGGCAAAUAAUAGCGCUAAAAUUGAACAAAAAGCAGGUACGGUCGCCGAAAAAGCCGUAAUCUGCAUCGGUUCUCGUCCUACGGUAGUACAAAUAAUGCGGACGAUUACCGUUUCGUCACGGAUGAAAAUGAGGACGAUGAUCCGAGCAUCGAAUGGUAUUCACCGAGAUUUCCUCCCCCCAGUGGAUCAUUUUUCCUUUAUUCUUGAAAAGCCCCCUGUCCGUUUCUUCCGCUUUUCUCCAAUUUUCCCCCCUAUUUCUCAAUGCUUUCCCCAAAAUUCACCAAUUUGUUUGCAGCACAUUCGCGCCGGUGGCGUUCGCCGAGCCGGAGCGCUGUGAGACCAAUUGCGACGCGAUCGACGAGGAUCCGCCGAUUCUGAUGAAGUCGCGGCCGCACGCGCACUCGCACGGCGUCCGUUCGAUCACCUUCGUGCUCGCUCUCGGAAUUCACUCGAUCAUCGAGGGACUCGCGUUCGGCGUCCAAUCGGGCAACGAUACGAUACUCGCACUGUUCCUCUCGCUCAUGGUCCACAAACUCAUCGUCGCAUUCUCUGUCGGUCUUCAACUGUUCCGCACUCAUGCUCAUCAGAUCAAAUGGGUACGUCUUCGUUUUAAAACGUUUUUUCCCAAUACAAAACUAUUUACUUACGACGAAUGUUUGGAAAGAUUUCGGGGCGAUACAGUAGGCUGUUCUGAACCGAAUUGUGUUGAUAAAAGUUGCUAAACAGUGUCACCUGAUUUUAUAGGAAUUUUCAAAGUCAAAUUCUGUAUUGCCUUUUAAGAUUCAUAUAAAAUCAGGUGACACUAUUCGAUUUUCCCGAUGUCUUCUCAAAAGUACGUCCCUAGUUAGCAAACUUUAGCAAACUUUUAUGUUUCUUCGGUUUUAGGUGAUCAUCUCGAUCUUCACACUGGCCUCGAUGACUCCGCUCGGCGCCCUUGUCGGAUUGGCGGUCUCGACGGCGGCGGACAACGCUCUCUGGAAGGAUGUCACCAUAACUAUUCUGCAGGGACUCGCCGUCGGCACAUUCAUCUAUGUCACCUUUUUUGAGGUACGGGGGUUUUUUAGAGAUGUUUUCACGAUUUUUCUGCAGUCUUAAUCAAUUUUAAAGAGCCAGGGAACCAUCCUGAAUUGCCUUUUUUUGCCAACUCUCAGAAAUGGCAUUAAAAUGGCAUUCUUCUUUGCAUUCGGCAUUAUCAAAGUGCAGGGAAGAGUUUUUACGCCUGAAUUUUCUAGGCCACAACUUUAAAUGCAGCAAUUCUGAGAGUUGGGGGCGAGAGAGAAGCGAUUAAAAGUAAAAGCAAAGACACAGACGAGAUUUGUCUAGAAUUCUUCUCAAACUUUGCCCAUUCUUUCAGGUCCUCCUGCACGAACGUGACAACGAGCACCCGAAUCUUCUGAAAUUGCUCGUCAUGUUCAUCGGAUUCGCACUCAUCGGCGCUAUCCGCGGAAUCGAGUCCAACCACGGACAUUCUCAUGGGGUACGAUAGAGAGAAUGCUGGCGUUUUCCGAAACGUCCUAUUGAAUUCAGGCCGUCACCUUCUCGAACGGCACGAUUCACGACGAUCACGGACACUAA